CUAGCUCUCUCUGUCCUUCAUUGGCGCCACACUCCACUCUCCACACUGUCCACCAGCUAGCUUAGCUUAAUUAGCUCGAUUCUGCGAGAACAGAGAUCAACAGCAAGCAAAAUGUUCCUCCGGGCAGCGAUCCAGCGCGGCUACUCCACGGCCUCAACAGCAGCUGCAAGCACCCAGAGGCUGGCAGGGAAAGUGGCCGUGAUCACGGGCGCCGCGAGCGGCAUCGGCAAGGCCACGGCCACCGAGUUCGUCCGCCACGGCGCCAAGGUCAUCCUCGCCGACAUCCAAGACACCCUGGGCCGUUCCCUCGCCGCAGCCCUCGGAGGCCCAUCGACGGCCCACUACACCCGCUGCGAUGUCACCGACGAGGCCCAGGUCUCGGCCGCCGUGGACCUCGCCGUGUCCACCCACGGCAAGCUCGACGUCAUGGUCAACAACGCCGGCAUCGUGGGCUCCCUCGACCUCCCACCCUUGUCCGCCCUCUCCAUGGCCGACUUCGACGCCGUCAUGGCCGUCAACACCCGCGGCGUCAUGGCGGGCGUCAAGCACGCGGCGCGUGUCAUGGUGCCACGCAAGUCCGGUUCCAUUAUAUGCAUCGCCAGCAUUGCCGGCGUCAUGGGCAAGCUGACGCCACACCCGUACAGCGUGUCCAAGUCCGCGGUGAUCGGGCUCGUGCGCGCCGCGGCGGGGGAGACGGCGAAGGACGGCGUGCGCGUAAACGCCGUCUCGCCGAACUACAUCCUCACGCCGCUGGUGAAGAGGAUCCUGGAGGAGUGGUACCCUCGGAUGAGCGACGAGGAGCAUAGGGGGAUUGUGGAGAAGGAUAUCAAUGAGAUGGCGGAGGGUGGGGUUGUGUUGGGAGUGGAGGAUAUUGCUAGGGCUGUGGUUUAUUUGGGGUCUGAUGAGGCUAAGUAUGUCAAUGGGCAUAAUCUUGUUGUUGAUGGCGGGUUCACUGUUGGCAAGGCGCCCAACAUGCCGCCCAUGGCAUGAUUUCGAUCUUCUCUGAGUAGGCUGGAAUAAGUUGGAUUGUGUUGCAAGGAUUCUUAAUUUGAGAUGGCGAUGAGCAGCUUUGUACUACUAGUAUAUCAGUAGCAAUAAAAAAGUAUUCUUUGAGAUGAUGAGUAGUGGUACUAGUAAUCAAUUAAGGAUGCUUUUCAGAUGAUCAACAAACCGAGUUUAAUUGUUUGUGCUUGUUUC